CAGCAGCAGCGCCGCUUCAAAGCGCGGCAGAGACUGGGCGGGGAGCAUCACUGGGAGUGGCGCCAAGAAGAGGAGCAUGGGAGGCGGGCGCUGGAGCACGGCGGAGGAGCAGGCGGGCGAGAGGAUAUUGCACAACCUCUCGGGGGGUCUACAAGGCCUGCCUCAAGCUCAGCACAACUUCGAGACGACCACGCCCACCGGAAACCUGCCUGCCCCCGCUGCAUUGACCGACCGGUCUCUGCCCAAGGCUGCUUCCCCGAUGCAAGAAGAUCCAGUUCUUCCCACGGCUCUCGUCUUUGACAACGGCCAGCAUCCAAUCCGCCCCGCAACGACAAAACGCCGCCGGUCCAAACCGUCCCCUCAGAAAGCCCCCGUCGGUCCACGGUCUGACGACGGGAAUGCCACGGACGCGCAGGACGCUGCAGCCGACACGCCGGUCAAGAGUACUGCAACGGGGGAGAGCGACUCCAAACAGAAUGACGGCACCCUCUGCUCUUCGCCAACGUGGUCUGAGUUUGUUGACAAGACGAGAGAAACCUUCGAUAAGCUGCUGGCGAAACAAAACUGCGAGCAAGUCCAAGUAGGUCACGUUCUCAGCACACCCUCCCCCGACGCCGCUGGAAACCCUCCCCCUCCUUUCGGUGGAGGCGGAAACGGAAAUGGGAACGGAAUCGGAAACGGAAACGGAAACGGAAGCCUUUGGAAGGAAGAGGCUUGGGAGAAGGACGACAAGAAGGUCAAAGCGCCGCAGCAUCUCCUGACCGGCACGGCUAAGGGUGGAGACGAAGCAAGCGCGCACGCGCUAGCAGGACGCGCGCCGCCGCCAAUGAAGCCCUCGCUGGGCUUGCACACGACGCGUAAUGAAAUGCGGGCGCCAGAUCUCCUGCGCCGUGGGAAGAGCGCUCGGGGAAGUAGCGAGAGGACCGAAAGGGGCGAGGAUAGCUCCGGCGUGGCUGAGGGGGAAGGGGAGAACGAGAAGGUGGCGGAAGAGGAAUGGGUCUGGACCAAUGGGGAGCCUCAAGAGAGCGACUUGAUUGAGGAAGUCGCGCCAGAUAAUCGCGAGAAGUCCACUGGAGGAGCCGGAAAACCGGUCGAGGAGGGGGUGCUUGUGGUUCCUGGAGACGGAGGAGAAGCGCGCGAGAAGGAAAUAGCGCGCGUUCUGCAGGGAGUGUCAGCCCUUGCGGUAACGCGUGAGACGGACGAGCUGGACGAGGGCGCGAAGAAGAGCGUACCGGGUGCAAAAGCGAAGGAGGCGAGCGGACUGACAGGUGCUCAUGGCAGUAGCAAGAACGGGUUUAGCGCCGUGAGAGAUGGGAGCAAGCUGACCAGUAAAAUGAAGUGCAACGACAUGGGCAAGUCGAGCCGCGAGGCAGAAAGUGCGGCUGACGAAACGGCGGGGAAGGACGCCAUCAGCGUCGGAGCGGCUGAAGGGGUGAGAGCUAAGAGUGCGGCGCAGUCGGAGACUGUCGAGCAGACCCCGGCCAGAGCCAAGCCGUCUAAGGGAAGCAAGGGGUCGGGGCAAUCGAGGGGCAUAGCAAAACAUAGCGGCGCAGUUAUGGGAGGCAUCGCCAACGAACGCUUCGGGGAUGGUCUUACGAUGUUGGGACCUGCAGAAGGGAACUCUAGCCCCGGUUGGAUAGAGUUUAAUGCUGGAGUGAAAGUCGCACGUUCCUCAUUUCCACCCACAGAAGAGGGGCCUCAGGAGAGCUGCAGUCGGGGGACUUUUCCGCGGCGAGACGCAAGAGGGGGGCCGAGAGCUGACUGUUCCUGCAGGGAUUGCGGCAGCCGGUGGAAGGAAGUUUGCGCCGGCGAAGCCCACUGUGUCGGGGGGCGUGACGGCGGGAAGAUCAAACCCGGGGCUGACCAGAAGAGUUCCGGAAGGGGCACCGGAGGGCGGAGUCGGAAGAACCGGAGGCACGGUCAGAUUUAUCGAGGGCGGGGCGUCGGGCACGGAAGCGAGAUCUGUGGCGGUGAAGGAGUCUGCGGAGGCGGUGAGUGUGACCGGGAGAGCAAAGGUGGUGGUGGUCAAGAAGACGGCAGGAAGCGGGGUGUCGGCUGAGGACAAGAAAAAGGGCCCGGGCGGCGCGCAGGGCGGCUGGAAGGGAGUCGGGAAGCCGCCGAAGGGCGCAGGAAAAGGGGCGAGCGCAACCGGUGGAACUGGACCCGCCUGGAGAGGGUAAUGAAGGUGUACAGCAGCGGCGACAUAAGUGAGGACAAUAGCUUGUAAUUUGAACAGAAAAAAUGAAAAACAAACUGAGGACGGGACUUGUACAAUGACAGCUUACGGCACUGGUGUAUGACGGCCAUGCUUGAAUUCGUUACCAAACGAGGCAGAUGCUUUGAGAGGAAUCGUGUAACCUACGAGCACACAGUGAGGGAGGCAAACGUAGAUUCGGCAGAUGUAUGCAAUUAUGAGAGGGGCGGUCGGCGUAGAGAAUAGCUAGUGUUGAGCACAUACCUGGUGGCUCAGGCAGAGGUUUCCAAGUAGAUGCAGCAAAGCAUACGUAGAAUAUGGAGAUGUAGGCUGGUCAGAGUACGGGUAGUUGAGCUUUAUGAGCGAGAGCUGAGCUUGUCCUAAAAUCGGCCCCACAAAGCAGACGUGAUCAUCAGUGCGUGGUGGCCUC